AUUUACGGAGAUCUUUCAUUUUGUGAAGCAAUUGAAGUGACUUUGGUGACUAAAUAUAUUGACAGAGAAUCAUAGAAAAUGUGUGCAAGAAUCUGUGUAACCAUUGUGGACUAAAAUAUUUGUGAUUUUUGUGAAUCGGGAAUAAUUUCAAAGAAAUUCUCAACGCUUUCCCUACUCAAACCUAAAAAAAUAGAAUUGAUCAUUUUGAAAUUUGAACAGUGAAUUUUCGACUAGUGAUUUCGUAUUAAUGACACACAAAAAUUGAUUUUAAGCGUCAAUUGCUUGAAUUGAAAAAAUAUCAAAGCAAACAUUUGUGACACUGAUAGAGACAAAUAUGAAGUGAUUUUAAUUAAAUAGUCGCCUAUAAUUGAUUCAGUCGAAGACAUUUUUAACGAAUCAAAUCUUCAAAAAAUUGAACAUUUUACAACACCAGAACGGCACACACUUUUGUGGUGCCUCUACUGAGAUUUAAUUGACCGAGUGAAAGUUCUCGAUUUAACAAUUGUGUGCGGAUUUUUAAUCUUUUCUUUAAAAAACAUCUUGAUCGAACUGAACACAUCGACAUUUAAAAUAAAAUCAAGAAUUGGAUUGUGUUCGUUUAGAAAAGAGUCAUCAUGGAUUAUACAUAUUUAAAUCAGGCGGCUGCCUCGUUCGACACAAAUUGUUUACAAAAUGGCAUUGAUCCAAUGUCGAAUAUGCCUUGUACGUAUGGUGAUCUAACGUCUUGUAGCCAAAUGUCACAGGCAUAUCGAUACACGGCCGCUGCAGCAUCAAUGGCACGUAGCUAUAAUCCAGUUGGUUCGGGAGUUGGACAUGGAAGUGCAGUGUCGGCUGCAAUGGGCACUUUACAUCAUCCUGGUCCUGGUUCACAAUGUUCGGUGAUUGGAGCGCGAAAUCAUCAUCAAGAUGUUCAUCGGACAUCAAUGUUUUCGACAUCAAUGGGCAUGCAGUCCGGUCUUCCUUAUAAAGUGUAUUCCAGUCACGAAUCGGUAUUAAGUGAAAAACGGAAACAACGACGCAUUCGUACCACAUUUACAUCGGCCCAAUUGAAGGAGCUGGAGCGCGCUUUCCAAGAAACUCACUAUCCGGAUAUUUAUACACGUGAAGAAAUUGCCAUGAAAAUUGAUUUAACCGAAGCACGCGUUCAGGUGUGGUUCCAAAAUCGUCGGGCGAAAUUUCGCAAACAGGAACGUUUGGCACAGCAAAAGGUAUCGAACUCAUCUGAUUCACCAAUCAAAUCCGAAGGUAAAUCCGUUGGAAAUACAACACCAAAGGAUAUUAAGCCCGGUUCACCGAAUUCCACUGUUUCGACAACGCCGAAUUCAAGUGCUUCAUCUCAUCAUUCGAACGGUGACAUCAAACCCUUAAAUGGAAAAUUAUCCGACGAUUUGAAUGUGAAUAACAAUAAAUGGGCUGGCGGAUCGAAUACGUUAUUGCAAAAUAACAGCAACAACAGUCAUCAUCAAUUACUCAAUAACAAUAAUAGCAAACAGAGCAGUUUGGGUACCGGCCUAUCAAAUCAUCAACACCAUCACCAUGCACUUUCAGCGGCCGCACUAUCAUCACCGUUCUCAUCGUUACUGAGUGCCGGCAGUUCGGCUGGUUACCUGCUUGAUCCAUUGGGCGGUUUCAAUAAACCAACCACAGCGAAUCACUUAUUUUAAAAAGAAUUGUAAACGAUUUUUAAAUUUUAGUGAAUAUAAUAUUAAUAUUUAUAAUUAAAAAAAUUAACAUACACAUUUUCUAUACAUAAAUAUCGACAUUUUACGAACACAACAAACAUUAACAUUUUCUCCAAAAACUGAAAUAAAAUGUGUCUAUAAAAUUAAUUAAUUUCGAUCGAUAAGUAAAAAUUAUAAAUAUCAUAGAAUCCAAAAUUUAAAUGGCGCGCUCAAUGUGAAUUUGUCACAAAAUUAUAGCAUCUGCAUAUAUUUCUAUCCGUAUAGUGAAAACAAAACAAAAAUCUCUCCUUGAAUGUCAUUUUCUAUUUGUAAAUACAGUGUGCAACAGACAAAACAAAUGUGGCCAAUAUUGAAUCCAAAAAAAAGGAACAAAACCGGGUUUUUAUUUACUGUUCGAUUGAUAACGUGAGAAAAUAUUUAUCUUUUAUUUAUUUUUGGAAAGAAUGUUUGAAAAUUUAACUCCUACAUUCCAUUUGAGAACACCAUUUGUGUUAAAAGACACCAUUUGGAUGAACAACCGAAUAGAUAUAGAUUUUCAUGUUAGAAUGUUAAUGGAACAGUUUUGCAAAAUAAAAACCUUGUGAUUUAUUUAAAGAAAUGAUUACUUUUGAGUUCAUAGUUUUAAAUUAUUCUAGGGGCAUUCGUAUCAGAAGAUAAAUAUAGAUUGACAAAGUAAAAACUGAUGAUUAUUUUUCUUUUUUCAUCUCAGAAAAUGACCCAUCACCUGAGAGCAUUUGAAAUUUAUAAACGUGUCAGUUUUAUCAUUUUUGUUCUAGUAAAAACUCACGGAAUCUAUUAGAUAUUUUGUGAUGAUCAAACAUUUUUCUGGAAUUAUCAAAAACGUAAUAAUUACGCUAUAAGUUGUAAAUAAAAAUGCUUGUCUAUCCCAAAGAAAAUACGAAAUAAACAUAAUUGUAAGUUCAGGAGAGAAUAGAAGAAAGAAAGAAAAGAAAAACAGUAAAAAAAAUGCGAUAAAAUUGGUCGUCCUUGGUGUAAACGAUGAAAAUAAAAAUCAAAUGAUUAGUCAUGCUUCACUUCAAAUGUUUCGUCGAUGGAAAUGGUUCGUAUAAACGGCUAUCGACCGCAUAUAUUCGCAUGACAGUGUGACUGUUUGCGUUCGUGAAUUGGGUCAUUUUUACAUACUCGUGACUGAGAGCAACUCAUCUCAUUACUAAAAGAUUUGAGUUCCAUCAGUUCAUUUGUCGAUCACGUCAAUUUGAGCAUCUUCUUAAACGCGUAAAGUUCGAGAGAAAAAAAGGAGACAGAUAUGAACAUUAAAGAGAGACAAAAAAAACACUAGAGUAUACGUCCAAUCCACAAAUAUGAGUCCUACUGUAUCGAUAACACCAGCAGAUUUUUUUGUGUGUCACAUUUUUGCUGGGGUUUGAACACAAUUUCACAAUCUACCUAAAAAUUGUAUACGAAAAAUAAUAUGAGGCGCCCAAAUCGUGAAAAUUUUUCUUUUUUUGCUCAAUGUGUAAUUGAUUUCAUUAAGCUAUUUUUCGCUAUGAAAAAAAAAACGAUGUCUAAAUUUGAGAAUUGAGUUGAUUGUUGGCAUUUUGCAUUGGUUCCAACAUUUUUCCUUUUCCAACAGAUGGUAACUUCACAUCAAACAAAAUAUCUUGAUAUCAUUCUGAAUAUAGACAACAAUUGGAUGGCAUUAUUUUUUCUAAAAUCGAUUUUGUACAUAGAUGACUUGAAAUCAAAUUCGACUAAAAAGAAACUUUUUUGUUUAUGACUCACGUUAUAAUGGUGUUACAGAAACAAAAAAAACACACACACAAAUACAAUAUAUACACAAUUCAAAUCUGAUUCAAACAAGUUAGCCAUAUUAAUAUUAUAUGAAUAGAUUGAUUUCUAAGAUAUUUAGCGUAAGCCACAAUAAAAACCCAAAAACCCAUUGAGCUAAUGUUUAAUUCAAAUGAAUGAAGAAAAAAAACC